AUGUGGAAGAAACUAGGGCUGCCGAAACCCAUCCCCUAUGACAGUGACGAUGAAGCAUGGGACACCACUCCACCAACCACCACCGGCACCGAAACGCCACCGGCUACUGCACCAGCAACGGGACACACCGACUCACCGGCCGUCCAGACAUAUCGCCGGCAAAAGAAACAGCAAAGAACGCCGCCACCACCCUCGACUGCAAACCUUGCGGGCGAAAUGCUACCUGAAGCCACCACUUCCUCCGGUCACGGCCAAAAACGGCCAAGAACACAGUCGCCACCUCCACCGCCGAGAUCAGAACCAGAAACCACCAUUACCACACAUCUCGCAGGUCAUGAGGAAGGCGAUGCAUCCACUGAUGCACCCAGCAAUGUGCCAAGCGCUAUGCCCAGCGAUGUGCCCGCUGAUGCGCCCGUGGACUUACCAGGUGAUAUGCCCAGCGAUGUGCCCAGCGACACACUCAGUGAUAUGCCCAGUAAUCUGCCCAGCGAUUUGCCCAGGCCAGCAUACCCUGAUCACAUCGUUCAAGCAUAUGAAGCAUCGUUUAAUGUAACCAUCAUGUAUGCAUGCUUGUAA